CCAGGGACGCCCAAAUUUGGGCCACAAAAGCGUGCUGGGCUGCUACAAUGCUCGCGAGCUGAAGGUGGGCUGCUCGCGGGCCACGCGGGCUGAGGUCUGUGAGGACACGCGGGCUUCACAGGCUGAGACGCGGGCUGCGCGGGCUGUACGGCCCGCGCGCUUCUCCUUCACACAUGCUGGUAACAAAAAGAGGAAAAUUGCUGAUUGUGGGUUUCGAACCCAUGACCUCGCACAGGGAAUCUACGCUCAAGACCAUU